GCUUGUAUCCAUUCACUAGCUCGCGGUGACAGAGAGCGCAUCUAGGACUGGAGCGAAGGAGGACGCAGCGUUGCUUUCUCCGGGAUAAAUCUCGAAGGGAAAUAAAGCUACGAAGCGUUUGGCUUGCACGUCGCGCGUGCUAUCGAUAUUCGGCUGGAUAUCUAGAUCGAUUCGUGCGAAAAUCGACGGCGAGAGAUAAGAGGUUAUAUAACGAGAAGACAACGUCAGUGGCUCGCGCACUCACUGGCUAGUGUGAGUCAUUGAUAAAUGCACACAGUUGCAUGAAUGGGCUGGAAGUAGAGCGGGUCUGCGCUUGACUCUCGAAGCAAAACCCGAGGAUUUUAAUCAUCUCGACGGCGCAGAAGAGACUUGGACUUGAGAAUUUCAAUGCUCCAGGCCUGAAACGUCCACGGCCUCUUGCAGCGCGUCUUCUCCGCAGUUUAAGGUCUCACGGUGCCGUACCGUAUUUCACUAAUGCUCGAUAAGUUCAAACCCGUGCAGUUGGAUUCGGUCAUGGCCAUAAGCAAGACGGUAGAGUGGCUGAAGGAGCAGCUGGAGACGCGCAGGGACUGUUUGCUCGUUAUGGACUGCCGAGCGCAAGAGCUCUACGAAUCGUCGCACGUCGAAACGGCCAUUAACGUGGCUAUCCCGAGCCUCAUGCUCCGGCGACUCAAGAAGGGCAACCUGCCCAUCAAGUCUCUGCUUUCCAACGGGGAAGACAGGGAGAGGUUUGCGCGGAGGUGCAAGACGGACACUAUCGUGCUGUACGACGAGUACAGCCGCGAGUGGAACGAAAACAUCGACGGCGGCUCCGUGUUGGGUUUACUGCUCAGGAGAAUGAAGGACGAGGGCUACAAGGCUUUCUAUCUCGAGGGUGGCUUCAGCAAAUUUCAAGCUGAAUUUCCCACAAUGUGCGAGACGAACCUCGACGGUUCUUCCAGCAGCAGUUCACCGACCUCCCAGGUCCUGGGUCUCGGAGGGCUCCGGAUCAGCUCCGACUCCUCGGACAUCGAGUCCGACAUCGACCGAGACCCAAGCAGCGCCACCGACUCGGACGGCAGCCCUCUUUCCAACCCCCAGCCCUCGUUCCCCGUGGAGAUCCUGCCGCAUCUGUAUCUGGGCUGCGCAAAGGACUCGACCAACCUGGAUAUCCUGGAGGAGUUUGGCAUCAAGUACAUCUUGAACGUGACCCCUAAUCUUCCUAACAUGUUCGAGAACGCCGGCGAGUUCAAGUACAAGCAGAUUCCCAUCUCCGAUCACUGGAGCCAAAAUCUUUCACAGUUUUUCCCAGAAGCCAUCAGCUUUAUUGAUGAGGCCCGCGGACAGAAGUGUGGCGUUCUCGUUCACUGCCUGGCCGGUAUCAGCCGUUCGGUCACCGUAACGGUAGCGUACCUCAUGCAGAAGCUCAACCUGUCCAUGAACGACGCGUACGACAUAGUCAAAAUGAAGAAGUCUAACAUCUCGCCCAAUUUUAACUUCAUGGGCCAACUUUUGGACUUUGAGCGCACGUUGGGACUCAAGAGCCCGUGCGACAACAGAGUAGCAGCUCCGACCCAGCCGUUGUACUUCACCACGCCGACCAAUCACAACGUUUUCCAGCUGGACCCUCUCGAGUCCACGUGAGGUCCCGUCCUGACUCGAAUCGAACGUGAGUUUAUUUCGACGCCUGUCGAGGGGUUCCUGACGUUAUUGAUGUUGGCAUGAGAUGACGGCCGACCAGAGUAGCCACUGAUGGGGCAUGCGGUUGCCCAGAGCUUCUACGCUGCUGUUUAACGGAGAGAGAUCAUGUGACUCUAUAUCUCCAAGACUCUUUAAAGUAGUUUGUUUUAUACAUACAUACAUACACAACCAUAUAUAUAUAUAUAUAUAUAUAUAUAUAUAUAUAUAUAUAUAUAUAUAUAGAUAUAUAGAUAUAUAUAUUUCUCCGUAUAUAUACAUAUUCAAGCAUGGAAAGACUGUGGAAAUGGAAAGAUCGUCCGAUAUAUUGGGGCUGGUGUGCCAAAGAGACUUGACUGGAACUGAACAACGACAAAUACUCCAAAUAUUUGUUUUGUUUAGCACUUGCACCUUGACGUUUUCUAGGUGUGCUCUUCUGUCUUCAAUGAAGACUUGCCUGUUUUUGGGACGAGACUUCCCUUCGGUAAUGAUGGCAGAGUGUACUGUACUCCAACUUAUUUGUGUGGAGAAAUUUUUGAAACAUUUAUACAUGUGUAUAUUAAGAUAUCGGUAAGCCUUGCCGUAGUUAGAAUAUACCUGUUUUAAAGGAACGGCUGUAGAUUUUUCUUCUCCUUUUUUCGUCCUCUUCAUGUAAACAAACUGAAUAUCGAUCAAUAUUAUCUUUAUCGACGAGUUAAAUGCCAAAAAUUUGAACAGGUUUUUGCAAUGUGUAUAUGUAUAAUAUAUUUCCACUUUUGCUUUACGGAAUGAUUCCGCCUUCCUCAGCCUUUUAACCACCAUCACCAAUCAAAGUUGUCAUUCUCUUGCCUUAGUUCUGUACAUAAGAGUGUUAUUGUGCGGUAACCUUUCAGAGCAGUUCCCAUAAGCUUCUUCUUUUCAUCAGUACUUUUUUAGCGGACUUGACCGCAAGAGCUUGCACGUUCAGAGGGGUCGUCCGAACUUGUAUGUGUACGAGGCAUUCCUCGAAUGCUAUUCGGCGGGGUUUCAGAUGCAUGCCCAUUUAGGACCCACACGCCUUUAUACUACUCGUUUUUUUGUACAUUUUCUGGGGACGUCGGAGAACUGAAGCAAGUAACUCUGAUUUUCUUUUUGUGUGUGUGCAAAGAUUCGAGGUCUGUGUUGACAAAGCUGGGAGAACAUUUGUGUCUCCUGUUCAGGGAAGUUCUGUGACAUGCAAUUUUUUGUGAGAAAAGUGAUGGUUUUCAGGAGGGUUUUGUUUCCCCCUCAAAGCGAAGGCCUGGUUGGGGGGAGGGGCUGUUUUACAAAACCACUCCCCCCAAUGCUACGAAUGUAAAGAAAUGAUAAGUUAUUAAUAAAUUGCUAUUUUGUCUAUUCAAAUUUA